AUGACCACAAGAUAUUGGUUUCUGCACAUUUGCCUAGGGAUUUUCAUUGCUGAAAUCUCAUCUCAGAGCUGUAACCAACUUCGCAGCAGGCUCCAUGAAGCCAACCAGGACAACCUGAACCUCCUGAAAAGAAAUAUGGGAUCAACCAUUCCACAACAAUGUAUCAGGGACAUCACAGAUUUCUCACUCUAUACUAGUGAAGAAAAUUUGAUGAACAUGGAUGAUGAAUUACAGGGGGAGAAUGCCAAGGUAGCUAUCAAAGAACUUCUCCAACAGACAGACCUCAUCUUCAAGGAAAGCCAUAGUGAAUUGGCUUGGGAUGAGAAUUCCCGAAGAGAAUUCCAAAUUGGACUGGAUCAGGAGAUUAAGAAGCUGGAAGCUUGCUGGAAUACUGAGGUGGAAGGUGGCACCAGAUCUCCAAGGGGUCAGAAACUGCAGCUCACCAGGCUGAGAGUAAAAAGAUACUUCCGGAGGCUCAAUGACUUCUUGAAAAAUAAAGAAUACAGCCUGUGUGCCUGGAAGAUUGUCCAGAUCCAAAUCAGAGAAUGUUUUGAGUGGAUUAACCAACUCAACCAAAGGGUUCCAAGUGAAGGUACUUAUAUAAGCAUUUAG